CUUGGCGUAGAUUCUAUUAGACCUGGCGAAGCUGUUGUAUGUUUUACCAGAAUAGUUACUAUUGUUUUUAUUCUGCAGUACUUACGCUUCAAGGAUGGUAUAUUGUGUUCAAUUAUGAGAUUUAGGUCCAUGCCAAUUGUUAAUCCCAAAUCUUUGUCCCACACAAAGAAUAGGACAGCAAUAAAGCAUUUGAUAGAUACCACUUGUUAUGGACAAGAGACCUCCACAAUGAUGUAUUAUUGUUUAUUUUGAGCAUACGUUCUCAUGGCUUUAUUUUAGGUUUUCUCAAAAGACCUUAUAUCUAUGGAUAUAUGUCCCUCACUUAUAUACUCAUGAUCUUCUCCUUAUUUAGCUAACGUAAUAUGGGAUUUUGGUCACACCCACAAUCCUCCCUUCGAACGAAGUACCACCGUGCCUCAACAAUCCUCGCUUUAGAUAAUGUACCACCGAGUCUCUCCUCAAAUAGAUCAUCUAUCCAUCUAACACUUAAACAGGAUUCACGGUCUGUUGGGGCUAUUGCUGGAGUUGCUGUUGCAAUAAUUUUCACAUGGAAGCUGUUGGGAUCAUCUAAUGGACAUCAGAGGCGACAACCAAAAAGGCAAACGCCUGCAGCAAGUAGUUCUACUUCUAAUGUUGGGUUAAAUUCAAGUGAACAAUUGAUAUCUUCUGGAGUUUGUUCAUCUUCAGGGGAUUUAAGAGCGCGCAACGUUGUUGAUGAAUUCUUUCAGCCCGUCAAGCCAACUCUGGGCCAAAUAGUGAGGCAAAAAUUGAGUGACGGAAGAAAGGUAACAUGUCGUUUGCUUGGAAUAAUUCUCGAGGAAAACAGUCCAGAGGAUCUACAGAAACAAGCCACUGUGAGGUCCUCAGUGUUGGAAGUACUGUUGGAGAUAACAAAAUAUUGUGAUCUUUAUCUCAUGGAAACAGUGCUGGAUGAUGAGAGCGAAAAAAGAGUUCUUUUGGCACUCGAAGAUGCAGGGGUUUUCACAUCUGAUGGUCUAGUCAAAGACAAGGUUCUCUUCUGUAGCAUGGAGAACGGGCGAGCAUCUUUUGUGCGUCAACUGGAACCCGAUUGGCAUAUAGAUUCCAAUCACGAUAUCAUUUCUCAGUUAGCUAGGUUCAUCAAAUAUCAACUUCACGUAGCUCCAAUCAAACACGAGCGAGCUGCUUCUAACGUUUACUGCUCUCCAUCCUUGGAACAGUUCUUUGGAAACAUUUGACUUGAAACCAGUUCAAGAAUGGAAUUAACUUUCAAAUAUAGUUUCUCAUUUUAUUUGGGCCUUGUUGAUUGUUAUUGCAUUUGGUUCUCUUUAGGAACUAAGCAAGCUCAAUUUGCACUAGGCCGCCGUUGCUGGUGUUAGAUAAGAUAGGUGUACCAUGCUUUUUUCUUUUUUGUGUUUCUGCAAAGAUAUUGUGUUGUCUUUGGCAGAGCAACUUUAUGUCCCAUUAAUAGAUACCUAGUUUAACUGAUGUAAUUUAUUAGAUCUUCUCAGGCAUGACAAAUGCCAUUUGGGUCACCAACUUUAUGUCACUUUUCUUGGACAAAA